GGCACCGUCCAUGCCCGGUCGGACCAGGCCUGCGCCACCUCUCGCUGCUGCGUGAGCACAGUAGCACACAGACAGCCGGCGGCGCUGACCAUGGCGUCGCGAAAGGUUCUCCCAGGCCUCGCCUCCGGGAGGCGGCUCCGGUCCCGCGCUCAGCAACUCCUCUGGGCCGCCGAUCUCCCUGUAGCUACCACCUCUCGCUCGCUCGCGGCCGCCGCUGUCACGGCGCUGCCGUCGGGCGGGUCUCCAGCGGCUCUUCUGUUCUCUUUGAGGACCAUCUCGUCAACGCGCCUCUCGACACAGUCCGCCGCCGGUGACGCGCCCGGCCCAUCUGCGGUGGACCACAAGUUGAUAAUGCAAGAGGAUGAGUUUCACAAAUUAGCAGAUGAAACGAUUCAUGACUUGCUUGAAAAACUUGAGGAAUACGGUGACUCCAUUCAGAUGGAUGGUUUCGACAUAGACUAUGGGAAUCAGGUUUUGACACUGAGGCUUGGGGAUUUGGGGACGUAUGUUGUAAACAAGCAAACACCAAACAGACAAAUCUGGCUUUCUUCACCUGUAAGUGGACCUUCUAGGUUUGACUGGGAUGUGGCAACUAAUGGUUGGAUAUACAAGCGAACUGGAGCGAAUCUUGUGCAGCUUUUGGAGAAGGAGAUUGGUGAGCUUUGUCAUACUCCAGUAGAACUUUGAUAACAGUACUGUAGUACAGGAAAUACCACACAACUAGAUUGGAUGGAGAGGAGUGCGCUUGAGGUACAGUAUGAAUGAGACAACCCUCUUGUAAUAUGGUUAUUCACAAAAUUUUGUUCUGCACAUUUGCACACUGUUGAGGAUAAAUAAUUUCCAUCGCUGAUAACGGGACAAAGUAAACAUCAGCAUAUAUCUUUGCUUCGAGAUGCCCUAGAGACCACAAGUGAAUGCUCUUUGUUGUAUAAUUUUUACCUUUUGUUAGUAUCAUAAUAUGAGUCAGUUUGUCAGACUA